CUAGGUACCUGGCAGACCUUUGCGACUGCUGUUCUUGGGGAGUGGGUGUUCUCUCCUCUCCAAACCCGGCUUAAAAUAAAACAGUACAAGAGUUUUUAACUGCAAAUAAAAGGAAUCUUAGGACUGCCAGCAUUAAUUUUCAGGGUUGCCCUUGGGGUUGUAACAUUUGGAAGAAGAGGCACGAGGGGCUGACACCAGUUGGGUGCCCUUUGCCUAGGUGAUUCCUGACCAGCUCGAUAAAUUAUCAGUUUAGGUAUCGAUUGCAGUCAAGAAGCCACCCCCUUAUGUGCUUGCUGUGUGCCGUGCUUCCUUGCAUGAGUCUGCGACAUGCCUAAUAAGAGACGAGAUGGGCCAGGGCGACGAGAGCGAUCGCAUCGUGAUCAACGUGGGAGGGACUAGGCACCAGACUUACCGCAGCACCCUGCGCACCCUGCCCGGCACUCGGCUGGCCUGGAUCGCUGAGCCCGAUGCCCACAGCCACUUUGACUAUGACCCGCGCACAGACGAGUUCUUCUUCGACCGGCACCCGGGCGUCUUUGCCCACAUCCUGAACUACUACCGCACAGGCAAGCUGCACUGCCCAGCGGAUGUGUGUGGGCCUCUGUACGAGGAGGAGCUGGCCUUUUGGGGCAUUGAUGAGACUGAUGUGGAGCCCUGCUGCUGGAUGACUUACCGCCAGCACCGGGACGCCGAGGAGGCACUCGACAGUUUUGGUGGGGCACCACUGGAUAGCAGUGCUGAUGAUGGAGAUGCAGAUGGCACCGGAGACUCCGGGGAUGGCGAGGAAGAGCUGGAGAUGACUAAACGCCUGGCACUCAGUGACUCACCAGAUGGCAGGUCCGGGGGCUUUUGGAGGAGGUGGCAGCCCCGAAUCUGGGCACUUUUUGAGGACCCCUAUUCCUCCAGAUAUGCAAGGUACGUGGCAUUCGCCUCCCUCUUCUUCAUUCUGGUCUCCAUCACCACCUUCUGCCUCGAGACCCAUGAGAGAUUUAACCCCAUUGUGAACAAAACAGAGACUGAAUUCAUUGGCAAUGACACCCACGUGCGACACUACAGGGAAGCGGAGACCGAAGCCUUUCUGACCUACAUCGAAGGCGUCUGUGUGGUCUGGUUUACAUUUGAGUUCCUGAUGAGAAUCACUUUCUGCCCAAACAAGGUGGAAUUUAUCAAAAACUCUUUGAACAUCAUUGACUUUGUGGCCAUUCUGCCUUUCUAUUUGGAGGUUGGACUCAGUGGCCUGUCUUCCAAAGCUGCUAAGGAUGUCCUGGGCUUCCUACGAGUAGUCCGGUUUGUGCGAAUUCUGCGAAUUUUCAAGCUGACCCGCCACUUUGUGGGGCUGCGGGUCCUAGGACAUACUCUCCGUGCCAGCACAAAUGAAUUCUUGCUGCUCAUCAUAUUCUUGGCAUUGGGCGUCUUAAUCUUUGCCACGAUGAUCUACUAUGCUGAGAGAAUAGGUGCUAAACCCAAUGAUCCUAGUGCCAGUAAUCAUACACACUUUAAAAAUAUCCCCAUCGGCUUUUGGUGGGCUGUUGUCACCAUGACUACCCUGGGCUAUGGAGACAUGUAUCCUCAGACUUGGUCAGGCAUGCUGGUGGGGGCUCUCUGUGCUCUUGCAGGCGUGCUGACCAUUGCCAUGCCUGUCCCCGUCAUUGUGAACAAUUUCGGAAUGUAUUACUCCUUAGCUAUGGCUAAGCAGAAGCUACCAAAGAAAAAAAAGAAGCAUAUCCCGAGGCCACCCCAGCUGGGAUCCCCCAAUUAUUGUAAAUCUGUCGUAAACUCUCCACACCACAGUACUCAGAGCGACACAUGCCCACUGGCCCAAGAAGAAAUUUUAGAAAUUAACAGAGCAGAUUCGAAACUGAAUGGUGAGGUGGCCAAGGCGGCGCUGGCAAAUGAAGACUGUCCCCACAUAGACCAGGCUAUAACUCCUGAUGAGGGCCUGCCCUUUACCCGCUCUGGCACUCGGGAGAGAUAUGGACCCUGCUUCCUCUUAUCAACCGGGGAAUAUCCCUGCCCGCCUGAUGGAGGAAUAAGAAAGGGUUACGAAAUGUCACGGAGCCUUAACAGCAUAGCUGGCAUAAGCGGAAAAGCGAUAGGAUUAUCCUCAGUGUCUGCGCCCUACAGCUCUCCUAGCCCAGUGAGACGUUCUUGGUCUCCCAUCCCAUCUAUUUUGUAGCAUGGAUCAGUAGCAGAGAAUGGUCUAAAAAGCUUUAUUUACAAUUAGCCUAUGCUAUGUUUCAUAUAAUCCAGGUGACUAAGUCUGAAGAUGUCAUGUCUCACAGUAGCACCUCCUGGGCAUGGUGUUACUACUGACAUUUGGUGACAACACCCUUAAAUAGUAUAAAGAUGACACUAGGUGGGCAUUAAAUAGUACUGGUGGGCCAUAUGCUGCAUGGUAGUGGUACAUAGGAUGAAGGGUGAAUGCACCAGAUAAUUUCUUUAAUGGUCCACCAUGCUGGUAUGUGCUUAUCUUGGCUAAUGGUGGAUCCACUGGCUCUUAUGGAAUGGGGUAGGCAUUUAGUCAAUGCUGAAACGUGCCAACAAUUGAAGAUUUUGAUUUUCUCAGGAUAUAUUUGAGCCAUAGGAACCCUGCAGGAGUUUGAGGAAACAAGCACAGUAGGAUGAAACUUUGCAUGGGCGCCUAUUAUAAGUUGAAAGCAAUACUCAGAUACACUGAAGAGAGGUCUCAGUCUGGCUGACUGCAUGGAAAAAAAAUCCUGUUGAAGAAGAAUAUGGCUGCCUCUGCAUGUAGCUACUCUACCUUUUCCUCCUUCCUUUAAAACUAAAAUGCCAAGCUUGAUUUGAAAAGCACAGGAAAGAAGCUCAAGUAUUGAUUGUAUUCUUUACAUGCAGAUCUUUGCAAAGAAAGUCCUGUCAUUGCUAAAUAUAUGCCAACAGAGGCAGUCAGAGUGACUUGACAAGGCGAGAUGGAGAUGAACAUUGAUGGCUAAUAAACAUCUGUGUGGAACUGUGCAGGCAUAGAAGACCUCCUCAUUUGGACAAAGUAAACUCGCUCCAUGCAGGUUUUAAGGAUGAUUCUAUGUGGUUUCAGAGUUGUACUAGAGAUGCAGGCUUUUUCUACGGCCAAAAUGUAACAAAACUGUAGAAGAUCUCUUCUUCCUUUCUUUUUUGUUUUGUUCAUAGCAUGAAUUGCAUGAAGUAAACAAAAACUGCAAUUGUAUGAUUAACUUUAAGGGGAAAAAAAAGAAAGUUAUAUAUUUUCUUUGAAAGCUCUUUACUUUUACAUACAUUGUUGUAGCCAAAAUGUAAAACAUUAUAAAACUGUACAUUUCUUUGCUAUGGAUUGCUUCUUUUUGUAUACAAGAUACAGAGUAAUGGUUUUAAAAAGUGCAAUCAGGCAGUCAUCGGUCAUAUUGACCAUGCCUUCAUAUCUCAUCACACUGACAUGGAAAUCAAGAACUUUUAAUUCAACUAGAAUUGUGUAAAUUUAGGAAACUCCUUUUUUUCCUGUCUGUUUUCGUUGGCAUGCUUGUGACACAUGGGACCUUUCUUUGGACCUGAUGGUAACAGCUGGUCUAGAUUUAAUUUCCAGCUCUGGUUAUGUUGUAUUUUAUUGAUGUAUAGAUCCAACGUGAAGACCCUUCAUAACAAAUUGUUCAUAUUAAGUAAUCAGUAUGGAUUUGAAACAAAAAAAAAGUGUAAUUUAAAAACUGAGACUUAUAGUACAAAAAUCAGGAGAAUACUCAAGUAUAAACUUGUCUCAAAGUUUAAGAAACAAGACAACAGCAUUGUAUGCAAUUUAGUACUUCUGAGUAAAAUGCAUGCACAAUGUUAUGCAAAACAAUUCUAGCAUGAAAUAAAUUUUGUAUCAUGGUUUCAGUGCCUGCUGUACAGUGUAAACCAGAAUUAUUUUCUGAAGUGAUCAGGGGUUUCCAGAGACUUGCUUCUGAAAUCUUGAAUAAAUAUAUAGUGUUCCCAACAGAAUUGCUGGAGAGAAGCUUGGUAUUGGUUUGAUUCUAAAAUGGUAAUUUUGGUUAGUGGAUAACAAAUGAAGCCUGCAAACACUUGAUACAACCAAUGUCUGAAGUUUUCACAGCACUAGUAAAUAUUACCAGGGAAGAUAAAAUCUAGAAUUAUUUAGGUAUCUCUUCAUUUCCCCCCAAAUAAUAAAAGUU